UACAUCUCUCUCUCUCUCCUCUGCUUCUGCAACUGAUUGUGGAGGGAAAGUGAUGCGAAUGUGCGUCGUCGCAUGAUUCUUCUGCAACCGCGUUCCCAUGACGCCUUCCGUUCGCUUUCCUCUUCCGUUCCUUGGUUAACCAACGAGAUUUCCCCCAAUGAAUUAUACAUAUAUGUGUGUGUGCAUAUGUGUAUGCAAUGAGGCAGUGACAUAGUGCGGGGGGUGUCUGGUAGGAUCUCAUGUAUUAGCUGUGGUUUGGUUUCGCCCUGAGCUUGCAAGAGAAAUGGGACAAGCCUUAGGAUGCAUUCAAGUGGACCAGUCAACUGUAGCUAUUAGGGAGACUUUUGGAAGGUUUGAUGAUGUGCUGGAACCUGGAUGCCACUGUCUGCCUUGGUGCCUCGGGAGCCAGUUAGCUGGUCAACUCUCUCUCCGUGUGCAGCAGCUGGAUGUUCGCUGCGAGACAAAAACCAAGGAUAAUGUCUUUGUUACUGUGGUUGCUUCCAUCCAGUAUCGAGCCUUGGCUGAAAAGGCUGCUGACGCCUUCUACAAGCUCAGUAAUACCAGGGCACAAAUUCAAGCUUAUGUGUUUGAUGUUAUUAGGGCAAGUGUUCCCAAGUUGGAUCUAGAUUCAACCUUUGAGCAGAAGAAUGAUAUAGCCAAAGCUGUGGAAGAUGAACUUGAAAAGGCUAUGUCAGCUUAUGGAUAUGAGAUCGUUCAGACUCUUAUUGUGGAUAUCGAACCAGAUGAACAUGUCAAGAGGGCAAUGAAUGAGAUUAAUGCUGCUGCCCGGAUGAGAGUUGCUGCUAAUGAGAAAGCUGAGGCAGAGAAGAUUCUGCAGAUCAAGCGUGCUGAGGGCGAUGCUGAGUCGAAGUAUCUUGCUGGUCUCGGUAUUGCAAGGCAGCGUCAGGCCAUUGUGGACGGGCUGAGGGACAGCGUUCUGGCUUUCUCUGAGAAUGUCCCUGGGACAACCUCGAAGGAUGUAAUGGACAUGGUCCUGGUCACCCAGUACUUUGACACAAUGAAGGAGAUUGGGGCGAGCUCGAAGUCGAGCUCUAUCUUCAUCCCGCAUGGACCGGGCGCUGUCAAGGAUGUCGCUGCACAGAUCAGGGAAGGCCUUCUCCAGGCAAAUGCGGCACAGUAGCCUCCCAUUGUCGACAAAGCACUGCAACAGGAUUUCUCUAAAACUGAUAAUUUUACGGUGUUGGCUCCUAUCUUUCAUUAGGCAUUUGCUAUGUGUCUUCUAGUUUGAUUUGCUCUUGAACUGAUGGGGUAGUCGGUGUCUAUGGGUUUUUGCUUCACCGGACAGGGUAAGUACAGAGCCCGGGAUGUGCAUACAGGAGUGGCAAAUAAGUGGUGAAGUAAGACCUUGAACGUUUGUCUAUAGGUGGGGUAUGUGCAGUUCUAUUCUGGUACCGUGGAGUGAGAGGGAAAAUUGUUUUGUAAGACCUAAUAUUGGCUUUGUUACGAGAAAGAUGUUCCUUUUAUCC